GUUCCAUCCACCGAACCCCCUAACCUGAUCUUCACGACCCAAAAGGAUCAAAAAGGGAAAAGGAACAAGAGGAAAGGGAAAGGCCCGAGGACGACGAAGUUCGAACUCUAGCAAGCAGGCGGAGAGGAAUGUUGAUUGUUACGUGCUAAUGCGCCGGCUCAUGUGCUACGUGCUUGGCCUGUUAUCUGCUGUGACUUCUUGAUUUUGCCCUACGUUUGACACAGAAAAAUAGAGUUUUUGCGGUUUUGAUAACCAAAAUUUCAAAAUUCCUUUUCUACUAUGGAUAACAUCAACUCGGACCGAAGAGAUGGCAUGAGUUCUGACAGAGUGCAAGUGAAAAUGGAAAACUGGUCAGAUGGAAGCACAGGGGUAUCCCAAAGGCAUGCUGAUCCAACUUCCAGUGCCAUGUUAAACCUCCCGUUCAGUGACGAUUUUCAAUUUAAAACACCCUCCCCAGUUUGCAAACCUAGUCGAAGCUCAAACUUAAGUAAAACCUCUCCAUCAUCCAAGUCGCAGUCAUGGAAGGUGGAACCAUCCCCCGAAGGUCCAAAACUUAAUUCAUCACAGAAGAAAAAGCCUGCUGUCAAAAUAGCUUCAUUUGCCAAAGCAUCUCCUGUUGAUAGACUUGCACCGUCUCAUGGAAAUGUAGAUCCUGCAAGUUUGAAGAAAUCUCUUGAUGGCUCAGGAGCUUCCAUGACUGCUCACAUUACAGCUCAGAACACUUGUGGUGGAUCUAAACAGCCCAUGACCCAGACAUCAUUACCCACCCCAGCUCUUAAUGCAGCACUUAGAUCCUUUUUCAACUUCAAUCCUCAAUCCGACUCUAACCCAAAUGAUAUAGUUCAAUCUGAUGAAGAAGAUGAAGAGGAUGACGACAAUGAGGAUGUUGAAGAAGAGGAAAUCCUAGUAUACAUGCAAUUUGAUUCAAAACUUGACAGUGACCUUCUGCAGCCUCAUACACCAUUUAAAAUCAUUGGUGUUGACUCAGAGAAGCCUGUUCUCCAACUCGGAAAUCAGGUUUUUGAGGGAAAUUGGAGUGACACUGUAGGGACCGCAGUAUUUUUUGAAGAGAAUCCUAGUGCAUCUCCAGGUGAUCCCGUGUUUAUGAAAAACCCACCUGUAACAUUAAACUACCAUAGUAAAACCCAGAAAGCACUUGUCAUGUCUCGUAUUUUUGUGAAACCAAAGGAAGACAAUGAUGAAGAAAAUAAUGUGAUGGUUCCUAUGGCUAUUGUUGAAGUUGCCCCAGGUAGCACAGAGUAAUAUCCUGAUACUUAUUUUAUUUUGUGAUCCUCAAAAUACAUUUUGUGUAGAUGUAAGUACACAUGUUUCUCAAAGUAAGCCUAUUAUAAUAAAAAAUUUCUGUUUCAUAACUUUUA